AAAUACACUAUAUUGUCAAACGUAUUGGGACACCCCACCAAAUCAUUGGAUUCAGGUGUUCCAAUCACCUCCAUGGCCACAGGUGUAUAAAUCAAGCACUUAGGCAUGUAGACUGCUGCUACAAACAUUUGUGAAAGAAUGGGUCGCUCUCAGGAGCUCAGUGAAUUCAAGCAUGGUACCGUGAUAGGUUGCCACCUGUACAAUAAGUCCAUCUGUGCAACUUUCUUGCUACUAAAUAUUUCAUGAUCAACUGUUAGAGGUAUUAUAACAAAGUGGAAGCAACUGGGAACAACAGCAACUCAGCCAUGAAGUGCUAGGCCACGUAAAAUGACAGAGCGGGGUCAGCGCAUGCUGAAGCACACAGAGCGCAGAAGUCGCCGACUGUCUGCAGAGUCAAUAGCCUUUAGAUUAGCACAACAUUAUGUGCUAGAGGUUUGCGAUCCAACUACAAAGUGUGUAAUAAGGAGUUUUUUUCUGCUUUCUGGCUCGCAAGAUACUUUUAAUAUUUUAGACAUACCAAUGCAAAGUGUCAGAUGCAGUGGUGUAAAGCAUGCCGCCACUGGACUUUACAGCAGUGGAGACGUAUUCUCUGGAGUAACGAUUCUCUGUCUGACGAUCCAAUGGACGUGUCUGGGUUUGGCAUUUGCCAAGAGAAAAUUACUUGCCUGACUGUAUUGUGCAAGUGUAAAGUUUGGUGGAGGGGGGAUUAUAGUGUGGGGUUGUUUUUCCAGGGGUUGGGUUUGGCCCCUUAGUUCCAGUAAAGUGAACUCUUAA